UCCUGGAUGGGGGCCAUGAAAUAUAUAAACACACAGGUGUCCUUUCUUCCACCAGAGCUACUGGGACAUCCAGUCUAUGCAACAGAGCUCUCCAGUAUGGCAUCUUCCAUAUUUUGUAUACUCUUGUAUUUAGGCAUUAUUUGUGGACAACACAUUGGAGUUGAUGCCUGGAGUCCUCCUAAAGAUGGACCCUAUGUUAAGCCAGCCCCUAAUGUGGCACUUGAUGGAAUUACUUCACAGUCCAGUACCAUUGCCUAUUAUGGAAACUCAAGACAUGCCAACGAUGGUUCUUUGGCCAACAACUAUCUGAGAUCUCAAUGCUCCUACACAAAAAAAGAAGCAGACCCUUGGUGGAUGGUGGACCUACAGAAACCUUAUCAAAUUUUAUCUGUGGCUGUCACCAACAGAGUGCUGGAAUGCUGCAAAGAAAGGCUUUUUAAUGCUGAAAUCCACAUUGGAAAUGACCCUGAGCAAGGUGGAAAAUUAAAUCCCAGAUGCGGUGUUAUCUCAUCUAUAGAAUCUGGGGAGACCCUUUCAUUCUCAUGCCAAGGAAUGGUUGGGCAGUAUGUGACCAUUACUUUACCAGGGAAGGAGGAGCAUCUUAUUCUGUGUGAAGUUCAAGUGUUUGGUCUGCCUGUCAGCAGUUCUGAUGAUGUUGAAGUGACGGCACCAAAAUAUCUGACAACACCAAAUGGAGCUCCAAACUUGGCUGUGAAAGGGAUAGCCCAGCAAUCCAGUCUCUACAACAUGUAUGGAGAACCAAAGAACGCCAAUGAUGGGUCUCUAGCCAGUAAUUAUUUCUUCCUUGAGUGUGCCAGCACUAGUGAGCAGGAGGAUCCCUGGUGGAUGGUUGAUCUCAAAGCAAGCCACAGAGUUUACACUGUAGCUGUGACCAACAGAGGUGACUGCUGUGCUGAGAAAAUUAACAAUGCUGAAAUAAGAAUCGGAGAUUCCAACGAUGCAGGAGGAAAACAAAAUCCAGUAUGUGGCAUUAUCAAGUCAAUGGCCAAUGGGGAGACACUUUCCUUUGAGUGCAAUGGCAUGCAAGGUCAGUAUGUGACUGUCUUUAUCCCUGGAAAUAAAACAUCACUCACCAUCUGUGAAGUGCAAGUGUUUGGCCUCUCUAGUGAAGCUCCUGAUUAUACUGGAAUAUAUGUGGUUUCUAAAGCAGAUGACUCAUUUCACCUGGCCGACAUAUUUCAAAAUUUUUUUGGUCUAUGGAGCAGUGACGAAGAAUACGAUUAUGAUUUACCUACAGUAGCUACACGAACUGAUGAAAAUCUUGCCUUCAGGGGAAUCAGCUCCCAGUCCAGCACAUAUGAUAACCUUGGAAAGGCAGAAAAUGCCAUUGAUGGUUCCACCAGUACAAAAUAUAUGUCAACGCACUGUUCUCACACUGACCUAGACAUAGAGCCAUGGUGGAAGGUGGACCUUAUCAAUACCUAUAAUGUCACCGAAGUACAAAUAACUAACAGGGGCGACUGCUGUAACAAUCGUAUUAAUGGUGCAGAAAUUAGAAUAGGCACUGCUCCUGAAAAGGGUGGAACAAAAAAUCCCAGAUGUGCUAAAAUUGCAACCAUGGCCCUUGGAGAGUCAGCAACAUUCAGCUGUGGAAUGGUGGGGCGAUAUGUGACUGUUACAAUACCAGGCAGAGCUGCCUAUCUCACUCUCUGUGAAGUAAAGGCCUUCGGCCAUGAAAUUUCUGGAAACUACACUAAUAAUCCCAGUUCUCCUGAUUCGGAGGAAAUUGAAGAACAGCAAGCUGCCACUGAACUCAGAAAUAUUUUAAAGCACUCUGAUGCCGCAUCUAAUGUAGCUCUGCAUGGGGCUGCAUAUCAGUCCAGCACAGCUGGUGAAGCUAAUGCAAAGAAUGCUGUAGAUGGCAAGCUACAGAAUCAGAAUCCAGAUAAACAAUGUGCUCAAACAACAGUGGAAACUGAUCCCUGGUGGACAGUUGACUUAACAUCAAUCCAUAAGGUCUUCUCAAUUGCGGUGACAAACAGAGGAGACUGCUGCAGUGAAGGGCUUGAUGGAGCAGAGAUUCACUUAGGAGAUUCAGCCUUCAGCUGGAAGAAGAACCCUGUGUGUGGAACUGUAUCCAAAAUUGGUCCUGGAGAAACAUUUUCUUUUGAGUGCAAUGGAAUGGAAGGACGUUAUGUAACCAUUGUUCUACUAGGCAAUGAAAAGUCUCUUACUCUUUGUGAAGUACAGGUCUUUGGCUUAACAGUGGAAACACCAAAUGGCGAGAGGAAUGGUGAUUUUGAGCAACAAAAAGAGAAUCAUGGAGCAAAGAAUGUAGCUCCCCAAGGUAUUCCUUAUCAGUCAAGCUAUUACGGCCAAAAGGAACAAGCCAAACGCGUUAUUGAUGGAUCUCUAGCAAGCAACUACAUGGAAGGAGACUGCUGCCACACUGAGAAACAGAUGCAUCCUUGGUGGCAACUAGACAUGAAAUCCAAAAUGCGUGUACAUUCCGUGGCCAUCACCAACCGAGGAGACUGCUGCCGGGAAAGAAUCAAUGGGGCUGAAAUCCGCAUUGGGAAUUCUAAAAAAGAAGGGGGACUUAACAGUACCAGGUGUGGCGUUGUAUUCAAGAUGAAUUAUGAGGAGACGUUAUCCUUUAACUGCAAAGAGCUUGAGGGCCGAUAUGUCACUGUAACAAUACCAGACAGAAUCGAGUACCUAACACUGUGUGAAGUUCAGGUUUUUGCUGAUCCACUCGAAGUAGAUGGAACGGAAGCAUCGGAUUCUUCAGAGUCUGUAGAUGGAACAGAAGCACCAGCUUCUCCAGAGUCUGAUGUGGAACUACCAAUUGCUUCUGGUAUGAAUGUGGAUUUAACAAACAAAUCUUUCAUGUUCCCAAAAGAAAGUGACAUCAACCAUGUAAAGCUAUUACCUGAAAAAGCAAUGAGCCUCAAAGCCUUUACACUCUGCAUGAAGGUGCUCUUGAAUGUCCCUGAAAAUCGAGAAACCAUUUUAUUUUCAUACCGUACAAUGUUUUACGAUGAGCUAAACCUUUGGAUUGAGCGUGAUGGUAGAAUAGGCCUAUACAUGAGUGGAGAUGGCAUUAUAUUCCCGCGAAUGAAAUUUAAAAGUGAAUGGAACCAUCUCUGUUUGACUUGGGAGUCUAAGUACGGUCGCACAGAAUUCUGGUUGAAUGGCAGACGAUCAGCUACAAAAGUGUAUCACCAAAAGAACACUGUGCGUUCAGGUGGAAUCGUCUUGUUGGGUCAAGAUCAAGAUUCUUAUGGGGGAGAUUUUGAUAAGACCCAAAGCUUUGUGGGACAAAUCAAAGAUCUUAAGAUGUGGAACAAAGUCCUGCCCCUGAGGUCUCUCAAAUCUUUGUUCAAGGGUAGAGAAAUUGGAAAUGGCAAUAUUUUUGAUUGGAGUUCAUUAUCUUACUCAAUGAUAGGAAAUGUUGCAGAAGUCUAAAAUGAAAUCAGCUCAAGUUAGUAACACAAUGGGCUCUUUCUCUGUGCAGUUCUUGAUUAGUAACUAACAGUCAAACUAUCACAGUCCAGAAGCUUACUCUGCAUCUAUUCUGUAGAGCUGACAAUUAAAAUAAAAUCCAUGGUACUCUUGUACGGCUUUGAGUGGCCAUAUAUAGCUUUAUAUUGUGGUUGAUAUGUUAUCACGCUGCAUCUUGGGAUAUAUUAGUUAAAGUUAAAAAGAUGCUUGUAUCUAAUUUAGGAAAAUAGAGAACAUGGUCAGUUGUCUGGUCAGAUCCUGUGCUUGAAAAUGGUUUAGGAUUCUGGACUCUGUUUAAACUGAUUUUACUUUAUAACAUAUCCAUUCUGAUUGUAAAAAUGAAAGUUAAAUGUCAAACUACAAUGUAUUAAAAAAUAAAGAUAAUACAGUGAUUUC